CAUCAAAUUCCACAUUCCAUUUUCAUAGCCUAUCUCUCUCUCAAACAAAAAAUGGACCUUUCUCCUUACUACCAUAUAAUCUUUGCUACCAUUGCUUUAUUGUUAUCCGGUUUAGUGUUCUCGUUCACGCGGAACACUAAAUCAAAAAAAGUGAAUCUCCCACCUGGCCCGCCUGGUUGGCCAGUCGUGGGAAAUCUAUUUCAGGUCGCGGGUUCAGGAAAGCCGUUUUUUCAAUAUGUUCGAGAUCUUUUGCCAACUUACGGACCUAUUUUUACACUGAGAAUGGGAUCGCGUACAAUGAUCAUUUUGUCUAGUGCAGAUUUAGCUUACGAGGCAUUGAUUGAAAAGGGUGCUGUAUUUGCAACCCGGCCCGCGGAAAACCCGACCCGGACCAUUUUUAGUUGUGACAAGUUUACGGUUAAUGCGUCCAUGUACGGUCCGGUUUGGAGGUCUUUGAGGCGAAACAUGGUCCAAAACGCGCUUAGUUCGGGUAAACUACGCACGUUUAGGAACGUGAGGGACGUCGCGAUGGAUAAGCUUGUUGAACGUUUGAAAGCCGAGGCGGAGGGGAACGAUGGCGCGGUUUGGGUGUUGAGAAACGCGAGAUUUGCGGUUUUUCGUAUUCUUUUAGCGAUGUGUUUUGGUGUGGAAAUGGAUGAGAAAACUAUAGAGAAAAUGGAUGAUAUGAUGAAGACAGUUUUAAUCACGUUAGACCCAAGGAUAGAUGAUUAUCUGCCUUUGUUACGUCCGUUUUUCUCUAAGCAACGUAAGAGAGCAACGGAAGUAAGGCAGCAACAGAUCGCGACUCUGGUGCCGUUCAUUGAACAGCGCCGAGCCGCGGUCAAAAACCCCGGGUCGGAUCCGACCGCAGCAGAGUUUUCGUAUCUCGACACGUUAUUUGACUUAACUGUUGAAGGUAGAAAACAUCCGCCCACGAAUCCCGAGAUAGUCACAUUGUGUUCAGAGUUUCUAAACGGUGGGACCGACACUACAGGAACCGCGGUCGAGUGGGCCAUAGCGAGGUUUAUCGAAAACCCGAGUAUUCAAACAAAGCUCUAUGAAGAGAUCAAAGCCAAUAUUGGUGAAAAAAGAGUAGACGAGAAAGAUGUCGAAAACAUGCCUUAUCUGAAUGCGGUUGUAAAAGAGUUAUUAAGAAAACAUCCGCCUACUUAUUUUUCUUUAACUCAUUCGGUUACCGAGCCCGCAAGGUUAGCGGGGUACGAUAUACCGGUGGGUACAAACGUAGAGAUUUUUCUGCCCGCUAUUGCUGAGGAUCCGAAGUUAUGGACUAACCCAAAAAAGUUCGACCCGGAUAGGUUUUUAACGGGUGGGGAGGAUGCGGAUAUAACUGGUGUGACCGGGGUUAAAAUGAUGCCAUUUGGGGUGGGUCGUAGGAUAUGCCCGGGUUUGGCUAUGGCCACGGUCCAUGUUAAUUUGAUGAUAGCCCGAAUGGUUCAAGAAUUCGAAUGGAGUUCUUACCCGAAAGAGACUAAGGUCGAUUUUAGCGAGAAAUUGGAGUUUACUGUUGUGAUGAAGAAUAGUCUUCGAGCUAUGAUCAAACCAAGAGUUUGAAACUGAAUAUCGGGUUAAAACAAAAUUUUAAUCGGGUAAUUGAUAACUCUUUGAGUUUGUAUCCGUUUUGUUUGUGGAAUCAUACCCAUACCAAGAUCUACAUAUGAUUUAGGAAUUCUUUAGGCAUUUAUGUUCGGUAUGAUGUUUUGUUUUAUUUGAUUUGUUUUAUGUUUUUGCAACAUAGAUUCAUCUUGUAAACUUUCGGGUGUUGAAAAAAUUAUAGCAUACUUUGUUUAAUAUAAUGUUUUAAGCUGUAUCUUUAUACUCUAUUGAAUACUAAUAAUCAAUAAUGUACUACUCGUAGUUGUUUUCCGA